CCAAAAACCUUGGCGGCUUGUAUGAGAGAGAAAUAGAGAGAGAGAGAGUAAUUUAUACGAGUAUUUUAGUAGAUUAUACAUCUGGGUUCAGCUGAAAACUAAGAAUUAGCUGCAUUAUCAGUCGGUAAUCUCUCUCUGUCUGUGCACAUGGCAUGAAUUGGCGGAAGGGUCUAUGAGAGUCUUUGAUUUUGCUCCUGAGUCUUGUUCUUCCAUGACUGUGAUAUUUGGAAGGAGGAGUAGAAGGUCUAAUCUGUUGCUAGUCUGUCAAGAACUGGUUGAGUGAAAGAGGAGAACAUUGUUUUGGUAAAUUGGUUUCUUGAGUAGAUUGGGGUGAAGGUUUUGUGGGGAUCAUGUUCUCUCUCCAGAAAUGGAAUUGCUCAUGGUCCCUGGUUGCUUCUAUUGCUUCAAUUUUGGCGUUGGUCUCGGUUGUUCAUCUUUUUUUGUAUCCAGUUGUUCCUUCUUUAGAUUACUUGAGGCUUAGGCAAGCCCAGAGUUCUUGUCUCCCAGUUAAUGGAUCUGUUGAAGUCGAACCAGGCCUCGGAUUAAAUGAAGGAAUCAAGAACUAUUCUAAACAGAAGCCAAUGGUUGACUUAAAGGUUCUUUUUCCAGCUGACUUGCAUAAUGCUGUGACUUACCGUGGUGCUCCAUGGAAGGCUGAGAUUGGCAGAUGGUUAUCUGGCUGUGACUCAAACACAACGACUGUUGUAAUUGUCGAGAAAAUUGGUGGGAAGAGCUGCAAAAAUGAAUGUAGUGGUCAAGGCAUUUGUAAUCGUGAUUUGGGGCAAUGCCGCUGCUUUCAUGGAUUUAGUGGGGAAGGAUGUUCCCAAAGACUGCAGUUGAACUGCAACUAUCCUGGAUCAGAAAAGCAACCAUACGGGCGCUGGGUUGUGUCCAUUUGUCCUGCUUAUUGCGAUACAUCCAGAGCCAUGUGCUUUUGUGGAGAAGGUACAAAGUAUCCGAAUCGCCCUGUUCCUGAGUCAUGUGGAUUUAAAAUAAACUCACCUUCUGAACCUGGUGCUCCACGUCUGACUGAUUGGGCAGUAGCCGAUCAGGAUAUUUUCACUACGAAUGGUAGUAAGCCAGGAUGGUGCAAUGUGGAUCCUGCUAAAGCAUAUUCUUCUAAGGUCCAAAUUAAAGAAGAAUGUGAUUGCAAGUAUGAUGGACUUUGGGGCCGGUUCUGUGAGGAUCCGGUUUUAAGUGUGUGCAUCAAUCAAUGCUCCGGUCAUGGACUUUGCCAUGGUGGUUUUUGCCGGUGUGAAAACGGCUGGUAUGGAGUAGAUUGUAGUAUUCCUUCUGUUUUGUCGUCCAUUGUGGACUGGCCCAAGUGGCUGAGACCAGCACAUAUCGAUAUUCCAGAUGAUGCACGGCUCACUGGAAAUCUUGUCAAUCUCAAUGCUGUAGUUCAGAAGAAAAGACCUCUUAUAUAUGUCUACGAUUUGCCCCCUGACUUCAACAGCCUUCUCCUGGAGGGACGUCAUUUCAAGUUGGAGUGCAUAAACAGAAUAUAUGAUGGCAGAAAUGCAACAUUGUGGACUGACCAACUAUAUGGCGCACAGAUGGCAAUCUAUGAAAGUAUGUUAGCUAGCCCUUACAGGACAUUAAACGGUGAUGAAGCAGAUUAUUUCUUUGUCCCGGUGCUUGAUUCAUGUAUUAUAACUCGUGCCGACGAUGCUCCUCACUUAAGCAUGAAGGAUCACCAUGGAAUGAGGAGCUCAUUCACUCUGGACUUCUACAAGAGGGCAUAUGAGCACAUUAUGCUGCAAUAUCCGUACUGGAAUCAAUCAUCUGGAAAAGAUCACAUAUGGUUCUUUUCAUGGGAUGAAGGUGCCUGCUAUGCCCCAAAGGAAAUAUGGAACAGUAUGAUGUUAGUCCACUGGGGCAACAAAAACUCAAAGCAUAACUAUUCAACAACAGCAUAUUGGGCUGAUAACUGGAAUACCAUUUCAGCUGAUAGAAGAGGAAAUCAUCCAUGUUUUGACCCAGAGAAAGAUCUUGUACUUCCUGCGUGGAAAGUUCCUGAUGAACGUUCUGUAACUGCCAAACUCUGGGCUAGGCCUCUUGAGCAAAGGAAGACACUAUUCUAUUUUAAUGGAAAUUUAGGACCAGCUUAUGAACACGGAAGGCCUGAGGCUACGUAUAGCAUGGGCAUAAGGCAGAAAGUGGCGGAGGAGUUUGGAUCAGUCCCUAACAAGGAAGGAAAACUUGGAAAGCAGCAUGCAGAAGAUGUGGUCGUAACACCAAUACGCGCAGUUGAUUAUCAUGAAGAAUUAGCCAGUUCUGUCUUCUGUGGGGUUAUGCCUGGAGACGGGUGGAGCGGUCGAAUGGAAGAUAGUAUACUGCAAGGGUGCAUCCCUGUCGUCAUUCAGGAUGGAAUCUACCUACCCUAUGAGAAUGUUCUCGACUAUGAUAGUUUUGCUGUUCGGAUACGUGAAGAUGAAAUACCAAAUUUGAUAAAUAUUCUGAGGAGUAUCAACGAGACUGAAGUAGAAUCCAAACUGGCAAACGUGAGGAACAUCUGGCAGAGAUUCUUGUAUCGCGAUUCCAUCAUGCUAGAAGCCGAGAGGCAAAACACUACAGUUGGUCAUGUUGAAAGUUGGGCAAUUAAAUUCUCAGAACUCAAGGAAGACGACGCCUUCACCACACUCGUCCAGGUUUUGCAUUACAAGUUGCAUAAUGACCCUUGGAGAAGAGAGUUCUUUCCUGCUAAAAAAGACUUCGGUUUGCCUAGAGAAUGCUUGAUACAACCAUAGUCCAUAGCCAAAGAGUUUGAAUACAUCAAAAGACAAAUUUCAAGAAAAUGCAACUAACUAGAGGGCUGUUUCUGUAGCUAAAAGUGAACUUCUUUGUGAGAUCCACCAUACCGACUUAUCAAGCAGACGAGCUUAGAGCCAGAACGUUACAUAAACUUACCGAUGAUCAGCCCAUAUGGAGCCACACAAUUUUCUUGCUUCUUGAGAAACUACCACUGAAGAAUCGGAAGAUUCUUGAUUCAUUUGUCUGUUUUGUACACAAACAACUCAAGAGAAUAAGGUGUUUAUAUAGUGGUUCAUGAGAAUUUUGUCAUAGAUUUCUUGCCAUUCCUUUGAAAAGAAAGAGGAGUUGUGUUCAUAUUGGCAAUUAGAACAGCAAUUUCUUCAAAGUUCUA